UAUUUACAUUUUAGAUUUGUCUGCAUCUUAUUUUUACCUCUUUUAAAUUAUUUUUCCAUUUUUGGUUUUCUUUUUGAAACCAUUUGCAGACAAAUUGAAUGUUUAUUGGAAUGUAUAGAACAUGCAUACAUACAUACACACACAAGAAAUGUGUAUAUAAGUAAGUGAAAGUGGGCUGUAUGUAUCUCAGUCACUCACAGGAUCCAAUAAAGCUAAAUUCCUCUGUUACUCCACUAACUCUCAAAGCCCACUUUGUAUAUUUAUUAAAUACGAAAUUUUUAUUUAUUUAUAAAAAAUACAUUCAAACUAGUAUGAUUUAUUCGAACACCAAUUCUGGCGCCCAAAAAGAUUCAAGGUUCUUCAAGGCUUCAAGCAAUCCAUCACACCAUUCAGUUCAUACGUAUAGUCGAUUAGAUAUACGCGUGCAUCUCUUUAGUACUUUUAAUAAAUAAAAACAAAUAACCCAGAGUUACUUGCUUUCAAUUAGUUGACACAAUAAUCUUAUCAUUAUCAUUGAAAUCUUAGUGAAAAGAUGUACAUAUUGUUCUUUUGGUUUGCAUAAUGACUCCUUUAUAUAGCUAUUAGAUCACUGUAGAUUAGUUAAAAAAGAAUCUUUUCAAUUAGUUGUCUUGCAUGUCUUAUUUACGAAUUCGGUUAAUUUUCAAAUAAAUUAACAACAUUAUGAAAUAUUUUUAUAUUCACUCUGUAACAUUUUCAUGUAAUUCUUAAGAUAGCUCAAUGACAUGGUCAUGUUCUACUAAAAACAUACUUUUAUCUCAUUUUGAUUAAUCUACAAGUGUGUUAGUCAAAAAAUAAAAUGAUCUACAAGUGUAUAUAUGUGAUUGUAAGUUUGUCAUAAUGGACAUUUAUUUAAAUUCAUGGUUUCUAACAUUUUUCAUGUAUUUUUUAAAAGAUCUCAAUCACAUGCACAGCCGAUCCUGGCAUCAAACGAGUGAAGCAGUUGCUUGCGGCUGUUUAUUUUAUGAAUAAAUUCCGGCGACAUAUUUUCAAAAUUCUCCUUAGUUUAGUGGCAAAGCUCACAUAUCUCCCAUUCUUCAUUUUCUGGGUUGGACUAUCAGUGGUUAGCCACAUUUUUUUUUUGCUUCCGAUUUUAAAUGACCGGCUCUGAUCACAGGUUUCUUUUCUACUUUAGAUAUUUUUGGUCUCAUUUUAAACAUUUAAUACUGCUAGGAGGAGAUCCAAACUUUGCCUUUUUCUUGUAUAUUUUUCGGACACGAUGGCUUUCUCUUAUUAUAUAUUAUUUAUUUUCAUUGUUAACAUUCUUUGAGAAAACAAUAUAGUAUUAUUUUUGUCAGUGCUGUAUAUAUAAAGUUAUAGCUGUAGAAAUUGACUUAGAGGCAUUAUAAGGAUUGUGUAAUGAUGGUUGCUUGCCAUUAUAGAUUCACUUUUCAUCAUCAGGCUGGGUGAAACUAAUAUCUCACAUAUAUUCCAUUUACCCCUAAAAGUUCAAAAACUAUCAUCAUUAAUCUUCAACUAAUCACCUAAAUUAUCGCCAAUGUAUAAAAUCUCCAAGGUACAUACAUGAGCGGUGAGCAAAAUGCAUUAAUUAACUGCGAACACAAAAUGAUAGACAUUUUUUUUUGAAAAAAUACACACAUUAUACUGCAUGUAGUUUCAUUUUCCUUAUAUCCUAACAUCGCUGCAUGCACAGUAUGAAUAUACACAUGCAUUUGCGUGAAGUGUUUAUUUUACGUUCAAAUGAUUUUAUAGCCUAUAUGAAUAUAAUGUAGCCUUGAUUUCUCAAAAAAAAAAAAUGUAGCCUUGAAGUAGAAUGAUAUACGUUUUACAAACUCGUCCUAUUAGGACCAAUGGUCCAAAAUUUUCUGAAUUCUUUUGUAAAAAAUAAAUAGAUAGCAAUAAUGAGAAUAAAUGUGUAGAAGCAUGCGUCAUUUGAUUUCUCUUUUGUUAGUGUUUUGUUGUCACGCGUGUCUUUUUCGCAACAACAGUGUAGUAUGUUUUGCCUUUUAUCAUAUGACGGUUCCACCCCCAACUGAACUAUAGGAUAUAUGAGAUUUUGCAAUAUGAAUUAGAGUUUGAUGCAGUGCAGGUGCUCUUGGUUUGGAUGCAGGUGUUCUUGGUUUGUUUUAUUAAAUGCAAGGAUUCUUAGGUUUAGAGGUUGACUAAAAUAUUUAGACUUACACAGAAUGAGGGUUUUACCAUUUGUUUUUUGAAAGAAUCCGCACACAAACUGAAGUGUCAAAGAGAAAUAGGAUUGAACGUUUGCUUAUGACGGAAUCAUUAUUAUAUAUUUUUAACAUUUGGUAGGAAGAAAAUCGUGUUUAUACAUUAAAAUACACAACAUUUCAUGAUGGUAAGAAAAAAUAUUUUAAUGAUAGUAAUGUUCGAAAUGUUUCGGUGCUGGAUUGUGAUUUCUUGGUGAAAUUAUAUUGGAAAGUUUUCUUACACAAUAACGGGAUUAAAUCCCACUAUUAAAAAAUGUUUGAACAGCAGCUAAGUAUUUCGAAUUGAGUUAGACAUAAAGAUUUUGAUUGGAUAUAUGUAUUCAAGUUAUUUUGUUUGUAUAUGUAAAACAUAUUCAUUUUUAUAUAUUUUUUCUGGUUUCACAAAAAAAAAUUUUCUAUAUUUUAAGAUAUUUUGUAUUUAAAAAAUAAUAAUAAUUAAAAAUAUGUAAAUUGAUUAAAUAUAAUUGGUUGACGGUAACUAGAAAAUAUACAAUAAAAUUAUAUAACAAAUUUAAUAUAACUAAUUAUCAUAUUUUAAUAUGUAUAAAUACUCUUAAAAAUUUAACAACGGAUUAGAGGAAAAUUAUUUAAAUUUGGAAGUACACUACAAACAAAAAAAGGUGGAUUAGAAAGGAACAAUAGUAAUAAAAGUUUCCUCAAGAGAAUGAUGAAAGAAUUGAACAUUCUUCAAAAGUAAACAAGAGGAUGAAAUAAAGAGAAAAAGAUAACGAUUGAUGGGAGUGAGGCCAUUUCAAUAUAUAAUAUGAUAUAAUGUGACUACUUUUUAUAAACUUUUUUUAUUAGAAAUACCACCGUUAGUGUUAUUUUAUUUGACAUUUGUUAUAUCACACUUUUCGAUUUUAUUUCAUGUUCAUAAUGAAACGAUUUGUCAUAGUGUGAAUAUCAAGCCUCAUUCCUUUUCAAUCUCUUAUUACAAAUCAUAUGAUUAAUGUAUUUAUAUACUAUAAAAUGACAAUGUAAAGUCCAUAUGAGCUUUAAUUUUGUUCAAAAUGAACUAACUAGUUCAAAUAAAACAACUAACUACGGAACGUCAAUAAUAUCUAAGUUAAUUAUGCAAAAGGAGUUACACUCACAAUCUAAAAAUAAAUACAUACAUUUAUAUUGAAAUAAAUAAAUAAUUAUCAUGUAGCCAUUUAUUAGAUGAACAAAUAUUUUAUCCGUAACUUCAAUCAGUUAAUUUUGUGUGUAGUAUAUACAUUUUCUCAAAGGAUAAACAAACACUUUCGCUUAUAUGGUUGAAAAGUUUUUUUUUUUUGUCAACCCCAUCACAAUUAACAGAAGAUGAUUUGACACUAAUUUCCAUAUUCCUCACAUAAAGCCAGAUUAGAUGUCAGUUUUGCCAUAUAGUUUAAGCAGUCUGACCCGUAUUAGUUUUUUUCUUGUUAAGACACUCGUAUUAGUUUAUAAUAUUUGAACAAAUUUAAUAUACAUGGCCCAUGCUUUUAUUUUGUCAUAUGUGUUGUGGGCACAGAGACGCUUUAGCUUGAAGUUAUGAGCACAUUUAAAGUGGCAAUAAUGCAUUAUCAUUCACCUAUGAAAUUCCAUAACAUUUUCAAAGUUGUUAAGCAGAUUAGAUGGUAGAGCCAAUGAACAAAAACAAACAAAAUUAAUUUAUCAAAAUAUGUAAUCAUGUUGUUCAUGGAAAAGAGAUGGUAUACUUUUUGGAAAUAGAUGAGUAUUCAUUCCCACGGGAUUCUGAAUCAACAACCCUAAUCAUCAUUUUCAUUACAAAACCUUGUCUUUUCUUUAAUUUAUGCCACAUUUUCAAAACAAAAUGUUAUGAUUGUGGGGUGAAAAUGGUGGAGAGUUGGAGGACAGCCCAUAUGCCCAUUGACCUUUCCUUUUUUCUGUAACCAGAGUGGAUUUUUGUUCUUAUUCACUCUUCUAUAAGCUGAAGCUGAUGUAAAAACUGAAGUUAGUAGUCUACACAAUUAAUUUUGUGUAUUAACACACAAUAUAUACAUUUCUUGAAUCCUAGCUUAUGAGUUCUGAAUUAUAACGGGCCCAAGUUGUUCAUAUAUUACGAGAUAAGAAUUAACCAGUUUUUCUCGUAUCUUGUGGAACCAACAUUUUGGAAAGACUUGAAUAGACAGAAAUGGUAACUUCUGAAACCCUAUCAACAGAAAGAUGAGGAAAAAACAUAUAGAUCUUGAGAUUGUUUCGUAUACAACCAAAUUAUAAAUGAUUUGGUCGUUGAAACGGUGGAAAAGUCAUUUUCCACAACCAAAUAACAAGUAGGAACUUGGAACCUGAAGAUUGCAGUUUACAUUCUAAGUGGGGUCAAAGUUUAUUUACAACAUGAAGUUUAUAUUAAUAAGAACUGGUGGGUUACAAACUGUAGUAACCACAUCCGGAAGUCCUAAAGAUUAUUGUAAUAUUCUUCGAUGCCUUUAGCUAGCAACAAAACAUUUUCUUUUUAUAUCUGCACUCUGAGAUAGUAGUAUAAGCUCAAAGAUUAUGGUAACACUUUUUUUUUUGUAACUUAAGAUUAUGGUAACACUUCGUUACCUUUCUUAUCAGAAUCAAGACUUUCAUUCACAGUAUAAAAUCAAAUAUUUUCGAACAUUUUAUAACUUUCAUAUGACAAUUCUUAUUUUUUGUCUUUGAUUCCGGCUACAACAGUAUGACUGUUUUAUCCUAAUUCAAAGUUCAAACAACAUAUUCUUAUUUCAUAACAAUAUUUAUUAGUGUUAAUAAACCAACUUCCAUGAUAAUUUUAUCUGAUGUGUGUGAUAUAACAAACUAAGUCUCAAAUUGGAGAAUUAGACAAGGAGUGUCUAAUAUAUAAAGAGAUGUCCAACUCUAAUAGUACGAGGCCUUUUGGGAUGGAAACCAAAAGUAAAUCCAUGCGGGCUUGCCAAUUAGGCCCAAAGUGGACAAUAUCGUACUAAUCGGAUAAUACAUAGUUGGACACGAGAUUUCACAAUCCCAACAAUUGGUAUCAGAGCCGGUUGACGAGAAAUCUGCAAGAAAGAUCGAAAUACCCUUUGAGUGAUAAAUGAGUGAUGAAUGAGUAUCCUAUGAGUUAGGAAUGAGAGGUGUGUGGCAGAAAUCAAGUCAGAAGAUUUUGGAAGUCAGUUGUGGGACACGAGAUGAAAGUGAUCCUUAGUUUGAAGGGGAGAAUGUGAUAUAACAAACUAAGUCCCACAUUGGAAAAUUAGACAAGGAGUGUCUAAUAUAUAAAGAGAUGUUCAACUCUAAUAGUACGAGACCUUUUGGGAUGGAAACCAAAAGUAAAUCCAUGCGGGCUUGCCAAUUAAGCCCAAAGUGGACAAUAUCGUAUUAAUAAUCGGAUAAUACAGAGUUGGAUACGGGAUUUCAUAAUCACAAUAAUGUGCAACCUUUACUAUGGAGCUCCACGACGAUCUGGCCCGAUUACGGGUUUAAAGAGCAAUUAUAAAGGUAACGGGUUUGUUUAUUCAUAUUGUACAAGUAUACGGCUAAUUUAGAAACGUACAAAAGUAUGAGACCUUAAAAUAAAUAUGUAAGAAAAAUAAUAACUGUUCCAUUAUUAAACACUUUUGUAAUAACUUGCAAGUAAUAGUAAGCGCCGUUUCCGGCUUACAGAGCAAGAAAACUAGGCGGCGAAAAUGGACAUCAGAAUCCUUAACGGUGGCGGCGGAGAGCAGCUGGAGACUUUCGAAGAAGCUGGUGCUGCUACAGCGACCAAUCUCGGCAAUAAGAAACCAUCCAUGUCACCAUCAGUUUCCUCGUCCUCUGUCUCUUCUUCCACAUCGGUGGAGAGAGCUGAGCCGGUGAUUGAUUCGUUUGAGGAGGAGGAUGAGUUUGAGUGGGUGGCUGUUGAAAGAGAGGAUAAAGCUCCGGAGAUUGAGGAAGUUGAGCAUGCUUUCUCUGCACUUCAACUGAUGUUCAAUGAAGCUGAUGGUGAUAAAUCAGAAGACCAAGUUUCAGAUCAGUCGGAGUUUGUAGAUUGGAUUGAGCCUCCAUUGCAGCUCUGCAAUACUAGUCUUCUGCAGCCUUAUAUGCUGGACAGAUUCUACGACGCCUUUCAUAUGUUUCAGACGGAUCCCUCAGUUCAGAGAAUGGUUAUGUCAUUGGCUUCAGACAGGGCUGUUUGGGAUGCGGUGAUGAACAAUGAGGUUGUCCGUGAGCUCAUUACCAACGGUAAGAGUGAGAGUUCAGAAGAAGACUCUGGUAUAACCGUGAACUUCAUAAGGAGGCUGCUUCAGAGAAGUGCCGUCAAAAUCAUGGACGCAAUGGAAGUAGUCACAAAGUACGUCACCGACCUCUUCAGUGGAGAUGAUGAUACGGUUGUUCCUGGAGAUGAGACGGUUGUGUUAGCCACAGGUGCUGCGCCAGCGAUGGAGAAGCUUCAGAUGACGGUUCUGCUCACCAUUGUUGUUCUGCUUAUCGUGUUUGUAACCAGAGCCACAAAAGCUAGAUAGUAUAAAACACUCAUGGUCCAUCGCCUGCGUUACAAUUGUAUAAGAGAUUUCUGCAGCUGUGAUCCUUGUGCUACUAUUUGUUGUAAUAAAAGAAAAACAGUGAUUUCAAACACAACAUAUACAUCAUUUGAAAUCAUUAA